AUGGCGUGUGGCCUCGAUCCAGCCCUUUCAUCUCCGCGUUCUACUGGAAUCGAUGUUUUUCAUCAGCCUGCGAGUUUGCCCCACUCAACCCCUUCUUUUUCGUUCUGGACAGCAAGAGCUCGGCACAGCGACUUAAUCGGCCAUGCUCAACCGUUCUCUCACGAGGCCGACUGCGUGAUCAUCAGUUCAGGCAUGUCUAGAUGCUUAGCUGCGUACUUCAUGCUCUUGGCUCAGCCUGAUCUACCCCAUGGUAUUGUUAUGCUUGAGGCUCGGGAAGCGAUCAACGCCGCUACUGCAUGCAAUGGCGGUCACUGUCGACCUGAUUGCUACCGUGGUUACUUGCCAUACAAGAAGAUCGUCGGGGCGUUUCAGGCAUCGAAGGUGAUUCGAGAACCACGUGUUCUUUUGAACUGUCUCCGAGAGUAUCCAGGUCAUCAAAAACGAGAUGGACACAUUGACUGCGACUUCUGGCGCGGGCGCUCGUUCGAUGCGAUGAUGACCGACGAAUGCAAGGUCGCUUAUCGAAACUCCUACGACGAGUUUGAGAACCACGUCGUGCGCGUGUACUUCGUUGACCUCAUGCCUUAUCCUCAGGCUACUAGGCUCCUCCGCGUGGAAGCCGCCGCAAGCUUCCCAGCUGGCUCCUUCUACCCGUAUAAGUUUACUGCGCACUUACUUAGGCGUGCUAUGUCCAUGGGAUUGAACUUGCAGAUCCAUACACCUGCCACUGCAGUUGCUUCGGUAGAUGGAUUCUGGAUGAUCGACACCCCUCGCGGCAGCAUCCGCACUCGCAAGGUCCUGCAUGCAACGAACGGAUACGCAUCUGCCAUCCUUCCCGAGUUUACUGGGAAGAUCGUACCCUUUUACGGGGUGUGUUCGUCUGUCACCCCAACCAAGUCGUAUUCGGGGAAGAAGAUGCUGGCACACACAAUGUCCCUGUAUCAACAGCGAGGGGUGCGUGAUCGUACUCCGACUGAAGGAUUAAACUCAGACUGCGUGCACAAAAAUAGGAUUCCAGCUGAUGGAACAAUCAUUGUUGGCGGGGGGGAGUUUGUGAAUCGGCAAGCGCACAUCAACAAUUGUGACGAUAGCAAAGUAAUGCCAGCUAUCACGGAACAUCUCCGAAACGUCAUGAAGGACAACUUCGAUGGUUGGGGCGACGAGGCACACGGCGAAGGGCUGGAGCGCGUUUGGGCUGGCAUCUCGGGCUACACAGGGGACGGUUUAUCCUAUAUAGGUGCCUUUCCCGGAAAAGAAGGCCAGUUUGUCUGUGCAGGUUUUCAUGGGCACGGUAUGGCGCGCAUUGCUACGUGCGCAAGAGGGGUGGCUAUGUUGAUGUUGGGGCGGGCUUGGGAGGAGACAGAGCUGCCCGAAUGUUUCCAGAUUACGAAGGAACGAUUGGAGCGCAAGGUCAGGCUGUAG